CCUUGUGGAUUGUCAACCCCGCAUCGGUUGUUGUCAAGAUUUGAAUGUGCAGGGACUUUUGUUGGCAUGCAAUGGAUGCGGUUUGAACUGCUGGCCAGCUCGGUCUGAUUUGUAUCUUGUUUCUCAGCAACCUCCAGGGCAGAUGAGGAGGAAAUACAGCUCCUGCUCCACCAUAUUCCUGGAUGACAGCACAGUCAGUCAGCCAAAUCUCAAAUAUACCAUCAAAUGUGUAGCUCUUGCAAUAUAUUACCACAUCAGGAACAGAGAUUCAGAUGGAAGAAUGUUGUUAGAUAUAUUUGAUGAGAAGCUCCACCCAUUGUCGAAAACAGAAAUGCCAGCAGAUUAUGACCGACAUGAUCCAGAACAGAAACAGAUAUACCGUUUUGUGCGAACGUUAUUCAGUGCAGCUCAGCUCACUGCAGAAUGUGCUAUUGUAACUUUGGUGUAUCUCGAGCGGCUCUUAACAUACGCAGAGAUUGAUAUUUGCCCCAGUAACUGGAAACGGAUUGUGUUGGGGGCCAUCCUACUUGCAUCCAAGGUAUGGGACGAUCAAGCUGUUUGGAAUGUGGACUACUGCCAAAUCCUUAAAGAUAUCACAGUGGAAGACAUGAAUGAGUUGGAACGGCAGUUCCUGGAGCUGCUGCAGUUCAACAUCAAUGUGCCCUCCAGUGUUUACGCAAAGUAUUACUUUGACCUACGGUCCUUGGCAGAAGCCAACAAUCUGAGUUUCCCACUGGAACCACUCAGCAGAGACAGAGCGCAGAAACUGGAGGCACUCUCCCGGCUAUGUGAGGACAAAUACAAGGACUUGAGGAAAUCUGCACGGAAGCGCUCAGCCAGCGCGGACAAUCUGACUGUUGUCCGAUGGUGCCCGGCCAUUAUUCCUUAACGCUGGGCAGCUUUGCUUGAAGACACAUGCUAUCAUCCAUCCAGUUUUUGUCUGGGGGAAGAAAAGAAAAAAAAAUGACGAGACUUCAUUAGACUUUGGCUAGAUGCCUUCACAGUGCCUCCAUCUUCUGUAGCACAGGAAAAUGGAAACAUCUCAAUUGAGAGAACAAAACUGAAUCAAUGAGAAAGGACUUUCAUUUCUAGCAUCUUCACUGCCUCCGAACCGCACCACCACUCCCCCCGCAAUAGGGGCUUCAACACAAUGGGGGGGGGCCCACAGCCGACAAAAAUGAAACGGGCGACACGAGAUAGCAGACGCUGGAAUCUGGAACGAGAGGAAAAAAAGACAAAACAAAAGUUCUGGAGAAACUCGGGCGGCAUCUGUGGAGGAAAAUGACCAGACGACCGACCGCCUCGGUAACCCCUCCUCAAAUCGAUGGGAAAGGCGAUCUGCAGAGUAAAAACCCAAGAGGAGAAAUGUCAUUCUUGACUGUUGGCUUGUUUGUGGAUAAGAGGUUUGCUUUCAAAUACACAGCUGAAGCAGCUUGUGAGCAAAUUUGAUCUUAAUUUAUUCUAAGCCUGGCAAAAAUUCACGGUGAACAAUUUUACGGGCGUGACAAAGCCGAACCACCCCGUGUGAAACGCCACGAUAUGCCGACGAUGAUCUGCUGUGUUUCAGAAUCCAUUUUAAUGACGUGCUCUAACAGUUGACUAAUUGCACCCAUUCCGCACCACCCACCCCAGACAGGCAGUGUUUCCCCCAGUGGAGACAAGUCCACACCAUCUUUUCACCCUUGUGUGAAGCCAUCAUAAGAUGUACACUGCUCUAAUGCAGCUGUUUCCCCAUACCUAAUUAAAAUGCAGUACUGUGGGUCAAAAUCAAUUGAUAUAUUCCAUGGUAACACAUGUUAAUGCUUUUUAUUCCAGUUUGUUACCUUUUUUUGAUGCUCUUGCAGUAGAGCUCUGUGCAUGUUUACUUUAGAGAUACAGCGCAGAAGCAGGACCUUUGGACCACCGAGUCCGCGCCGACCAGCUAUCACCCCCCCCCCCCCAAGUACACUAGCACUAUCCUACACACGCCAGGGACAAUUUACAAUUUUUACAGAUGCCAAUUAACCUACAAACUUGUACGUCUUUGGCGUGUGGGAGGAAACCGGAGCACCCAGAGAAAACCCACGUGGUCACCGAGAGAACAUACAGACUCGUACAGACAGUAGCCACAGUCGGGAUCGAACCCGGGUCUCUGGAGCUGUAAGGCAGUAGCCCUACCGCUGCACCACAAUGCUGCCAAUGUGACAGAGAUAGUCCAGUAACACACAAUUUAACGUGGAUUGUUAGAAUAGCCAAUACUCCUUUCAUAUUAUUUGUUUUUUGAUAUAUUUGAGGGUUUCUUUCACAUUGGUAAUAUCCACAUGUCCAGCUAACAUGUUAGCAUUCAUGUCUUUACGAUUAUAUUCCAGAGAGCAUUCACCGUCCUAAUAUCCUGAUUGUAUAUGUGGGAACAGCAGAUGCUGGUUUACACUGAAGACAAGACACAAAAUGCUGGAGUAACUCAGCGGGACAGGCAGCUUCUCUGGAGAGAAGGAAUGGGUGAUGUUUGAAAAAGUCCGAAGAAGGGACUCAACCCAAAACGUCACCCAAUCCUUCUAUCCAGAGAUGCUGCCUGUCCCACCGUGUUACUCCGGCAUUUUGUGUCUGUCUUGAUUGUAUCAUUCCUUUCGGUUUCUCUCAGCUUUUCAACACGGUUACAUUACAUGUCGCACCAGUUUGUCCUGGCUUUUCUUUCACAGUAAUGAGGGAUUGUGUCGACCAGACAUCCCUUUUUGUAAAGGCUUGACUUCACGAACUCACUAGUGACCUCUUCUGAUCUUUUAUGGAAAUUCUUCUGUAUAAUUCCAGACCCUCAGUCUCCGUGUCAGAUUCACUGAAGCUGCAGUCCAUCAGUCCGCCGAGUUAUUAUCGGACAGGUUUUGUUGAAAGUGAAAGACUGUACUGUCUGCAAAGCUUAAUUACGGGCAGGGACUCCAAAUGGGGCUGAAGCACAGAUGAAGCUGCACAUCCAGAGUCCAUGGAGAGUUUUGGCUCCAUAUUACAGGCAAAAACAUGGGCUUGGAUUUUUAAUCCAUUGACAAGCAGGGUGUGCCCUCUUGAGAGAAAUCAAAGUGUUUUCUAAGAACAGGAAAAGUUAAUGUUUGCGAAUUAGUGAUUUAGGCUUCAUGCUCUUGUUUUUGUAAUUAAAAAAAUCCAAUUAGCUCAUCUGAAACAUGGCUGUUAUGAAGAGUCUGUGGGGAAAGUCCCAUUAAACGACACUGUUUUUAAAUUGCUCUGCGCAUUGGAUCAGAGGGUAUCUGCACUAAACCGUGCAGUUCAGGGGCGGUGCGAUUUGUGCCAAGUUAAGGCCCUGUCCCACAUUCCCGAGUUACUCACAAACUCUCCCGAGUUUUCCCCUUGAUUCGAACUCGGAGAAUUACGUUAAUAGCCGUUCGUAGGCACUCGGGGCUAUUUUUCUAACUCGUGGACAUUUUUCAACAUGUUGUAAAAAAACGUUCCGACUUACCUGAUGCUCCGAGUUCGUACGGCUGGCAUUACGAGCCGCUACGAAACAUCUACGGACUCCUACGGCCUCCUACGAUCUCGCUACCGACAUUCCCCGAGUUCGAAUCAAGGGGGAAACUCAGGAGAGUUUGUGAGUAACUCGAGAAAGUGGGACAGGGUCUUUAGCUGAUCUCAGUGGUCAUUUGGGUGCUCCAGUUGGCUUUGUGGUCCUGUGCAAAAGAAAGUAAAGCUGCCGAGCUUCCCAGUAAUUGGGCUGGACGGACGCCAUUUUGAUGCCAAUUCAAGACUGGAUUGGCUUGGAUUGGCUUGGCUUGGCUUGGCUUGGCUUGGCUCUGAUGUUCUCCUUUAGCAGCCCAAUCUUGUGUGUGAAGAACGACUAUUGGAGUGAGGUGCCGGAAAGCACCUGCGGUAUCUGUGGAAACUGGCAAAAGUCAAUGCCUUUGGAAGAAAAGGAGAGCAAAAAAAUUAGGAGAAAUAAAAUAGUUGCAUUCAUUGUUGAAUCCAUUCGUAUGACCUGAAACCAAUUUUGACCAAAACCUUAACCUUAGUAAUUCAAUCAUUGAUUUAAUUCUUUUGAUACACGGUUUUCAAAGUAUUUUAGAGAGAGAAAAAAAAAAUCAUCAUGUUAACAUAACCGCGAGUGAAUUUUAAUGAAAUGAACACUGACAAACUCUGUAAUUAUCCAAGUAUAAGUGUACUUUUGUGAAAUUUAUUAAACUUGUUAAAGAUUGUAUAACCUAUUUAUUGUAUGUAUGUACAUACAGUCUGAUGCUUACUUAAAAUGUAAUGUGGUCUCAGUAGAAUCUGGCUCAGUCUCGUUUAGACUGGUGAUUCUUGUCUUGACCAUGUGCACUGGACUCUACCUCUGUAUAGAGAGUUUUCCCUCGAUCCUUGGUUAGUUGGAAUAUAAAAGCUUUUUUGUGUCAAACUGAUUAUGUACUUUACGUUUCCUUGUGCUGAAAAUACCUACUGUGGCUAUUUUUCAGUUUUGACUUUUAACGUGUAAAACCCCCCCCCGAAAAUGGCCGAAAUUGGACACUUUACGUUUCGUUGCAUUAAUGCAAACAACGCAUUUGUAUCUCCCUUUUUGUUGGACAACCUUGCCAAAUGCAGAAGAGUGUCUCUGGAUAAACUACACAACACCAACAGAUGUCCUGGACUGCAUCUUAUUCUUAAACAUACAGCGACCUGUCAAAGGGCUCCACCCUUGCUUAGGGUUUUGGGGUAAGCUCUGAAAACGAUUUCCCAUUGCUUCCCAUUCCUGUUGCAGUGAAUGACUAUUUUAAUAAAGUUAGGUGCCAAUUUGCUUAAA